AUGUCGCUGGUGUUUCGCCAGAAGGUCCGGGCACUGAUGACGACACUCCGGCAAGGCGGUGCCCUCGGCCGCGUGCGCGCCUCCAUCUACACCAUCGAGUGGCAGAAGAGGGGCCUGCCGCACGCGCAUAUCGUGCUCUGGCUGGCGUCGGAGGACAUGCCGCGUCCCGACCAGCUGGAUCACUUUGUGCGCGCCGAGAUCCCGGACGCCGACGCCGAGCCGGAGCUGCACGCCAUCGUCACCACCAAGAUGGUGUACGGACCGUGCGGCACCCUCCGUCCGACGGCGCCGUGCGUGGUGGACGGAGCGUACAAGAAGCGGUUCCCGAAAGCCUUCAAGUCCAUUACGGAGGUGCACGACACGGGAUACUCCCGGUACCGGCGCCGCAGCCAAUGUGGCGGAGGACGCACGGUGCAGCUCAGCGGCUGGCCGGGCGGCGCCGUCGACGUCGACAACCGGUGGAUUGUGCCCUACAAUCCGUUCCUCAGUCGCGCCCUGGACGGCCAUUUCAACAUGGAGAUCAUCACCCACGCCGUCACGUGCAUACGGUACGUCAUCAAGUACGUCAUUAAGGGCGGAGAUCAGGUGAUGUUCCGGGUGUCGGCUGGGGACGAGGUGGUGGACGAGAUCGCCACCUACCAGCAGGGCCGCUACCUGAACGCCAUGGGGGUAGCGUGGCGGCAUUUCGGCUACCCUGUCCACGAGCACCAGCCGCCAGUGCAACAGCCGUCCGUCCACCUGGGCGGCGACGACCAACCGCUGCGCUUCCGCGCCGGCGUCAGCCCGCGUCAGGUGGCGGAGGACGCUGGCACCGACACCAAGCUCACCGGCCUCUUCAAGCGGUGCGCGGAGGACGAGUUUGCCCGGACUCUGCUCUGCCACAGUGUGCCGCGCUACUACACGUGGCAGACGGGAGCUCGGUGCUGGCGUCGGCGCCGCCGAGGCAAGCCGGACGUUGCCGGCAUCUUCGCCGCGGAAGCCAUCAGCCGCGUCUACACCGCCAGCCCACGCGCCGGGGAGGAGUUCUAG